CCACCCUCCUCAUCACCAUCGUCCUCCUCCUCACGCAACAGCACGUCACAUCCAGCAGGGGGCGUGCUCGGGUGCACGAGGAGCGGCGUGUGGUCUGACCGAGGCGGGCGGACACGCAGCUGCAGGGCGGGUAAGAUGGCUCUCAGCGGCCGGGGGCUGUUGUGCUUGAUCGGGGGAGCCUGCUUCUGGCUGCCGGUGUGCUGCGGGCAGGAGGUGGCUGACGACAGUUACUUAAACGAGGUGCAGAACUCAGUCCCUCUGUCCUGCUCUGAGGGAUUCACCGAGUUGGGCUACUACAAUGGCACCGUGUCCCAGACGGACUCCGGCGUGCCAUGCCUCAAGUGGACCGAGUUCCCAGACUAUGUCAUGCAGUACCCGGGACGGGGGCUCGGAGAACACAACUACUGCAGGAACCCGGAUCGCGAGUCCAACCCGUGGUGCUUCUUCCGGCAGAACUCGGGCGCCAUCGGCUGGGCCUACUGCGACUGUCACCAGGGUGCGGCUCGGCUGGUCGGCGGCUUGUCAACCAUCAGCGGGCGGGUUGAAGUCUACCUGAACGGCCAGUGGGGGGCCGUGUGCGACUCUCACUGGACCGACAGAGACGCCAGCGUCAUUUGCAGGCAGUUAGGCCUGAGCGACAUCGGCACGGCGCUGCAGCACACCCAGUUCGGCGCGGGCUCGGGCCUCUUCCACUUUGAGCGUUUGGGUUGCCGGGGCGACGAGAAAAGCCUGAGCACCUGCAGGAGCAGGACAUUUGUCACCGGAGACUGUAACCAUGGAAACGAGGCGGCUGUGCUGUGUGCGCCUCCUGAAGGCAGCGGACCUCCACUGCGACUGGUCGGAGGUGAGGAAGACUUUGAGGGUCGCGUGGAGGUCUUCCACAGUGGGAGGUGGGGCUCCGUGUGCGAUGACCAAUGGGACGAUAGAGAUGCAGAGGUGGUGUGCAGGCAGCUGGGCUUCAGUGGUGAGGCCAAGGCCUGGUCAUGGGCCCACUUUGGUCAGGGUUCUGGUCCCAUCAUGCUGGAUGCUGUCACGUGCACAGGAAACGAGCUGUUCCUGGAUCAGUGUCCCCACGGCGACUGGGAGCAGCACAACUGUGACCACAUGGAGGAUGCCGGCGUCUCCUGCAGCCCAUACACAGAUGGUGUGGUGCGACUGGUGGGUGGAGAUAGGCCCUGGGAAGGCAGAGUGGAGGUGCUCCACAAUGGUGACUGGGGGACGGUGUGUGAUGACCACUGGACCCCGCAGCAUGCCCAGGUUGUGUGUGGACAGCUAGGCUAUAGGGGUCACGCAGAGGUGGUGUCGGAUGGGACGUUUGGCGAGGGUGCGGGUCUGAUCCUGCUGGACGACGUCCACUGUGACGGCUCAGAGACAUCCCUGCUGGACUGCCGCCACGGCAUCUGGGGACGCACCGAUUGCUCCCACAGCGAGGACGUGGGCGUGCGCUGCAGAGGGCGGAGCAGCACAGAGACCAAUGAGGUGCCUGCCAUCGCUCCUUCCACAGGUCCACUUGUGCGUCUAGUGGGCGGCAGCAGCAGGAAGGAGGGGCGUGUGGAGGUGUAUCUCCAUGGCGAAUGGGGCAUUAUUUGUGAUUCUGGAUGGAACGACCUCAAUGCACUCGUGGUGUGCAGGCAGCUUGGACACAGUGGUGGAGCUGUUGCAGCCGGGGGCUUCGGGCAAGGCAAAGGACCAGUCCACCUGGACCAGGUGAGGUGCACAGGCAAGGAGGAGUUCCUAGGCGAGUGUCCCUCUCUGGGCCAGAGCAUCCUGGGCUGCAGACGCAAGCAGGCGGCGGGGGUCAAGUGUGACGUCAUAGCGCCGCAAGUUAAGUCGGUGGUUCAAGUUUGGCAUGAAGAGCUGAGCUGCGGCCUGAGGAAGCUGCAUGAGGAAGGAGGAGGAAAUAUGGUCAGGACGGCGUGGCCUUGGCAGGUGUCCGUGUGGCUUCAGUCCCAAAGUGAAGAUGGCGGCGGCCCUCUCUGCAGCGCCACUCUGAUUAGCGCGUGCUGGGCGCUGACGUCUGCCACCUGUUUCAGCAGGUUCAGCAGCGAGCCGUCCAAGUAUUUGGUGCGCGUGGGGGCGUCAUCACAAACUGUCACCCCCGAGCAGGUGGUGGUCCACAGGAAGUUCAAAGGUCAGAGCGGCAGUCACGACCUGGCUUUGCUGAAACUGCCCAGCCCUAAGGGCCACUGCAUGACCUUUGACACCAACGUCAACGCCGCCUGCCUCCCCGAGGUCGACACAGCGCCUGCCAGCACGCUGUCGUCCUGCGUCAUCAUGGUUACCACCGGCUGGAGUGGAGAAGAUUCCGUGCUGGCCUCUUGGGUCCCCCUCAUGUCGUCAUGGCAAUGCAAGAAGCGCCAUGGCGACAGCUUCUCCAGUCAUGGCACGCUGUGCGCCGGCAGCCCCCCGGACACCAGCCUGCUCCAUGGUGACAGUUGCCAGGGCAACUCCGGAGGCGGGCUGCUGUGUCAGGGCGAGGACGGUCGAUGGGUGCUGGCAGGUGUUGUCGCCGGCGCAUACGGCUGCGCUGAACCCUCCUCGCCGGCGCUCUACACCAGGGUCGGACGCUUCCGGGACUGGAUUGAUGAGGUCACUGACACCCAAAAUGAUCGACGAGGAAAGGAGUUGAGGUUGGAAACGAAUGACAUCAUCGGCGGCGGCGUUAGACAACAUCACCCACAUGCAAAACAACAUAAACAUGCACACCACGUGGUGGACGCUGAUGCACAGAUGGUGGCUUGAUUGUCAUUGGCUCACUGCCUGUGCCAUGUGACCAAAUUCAAAUCUGAACUCCUGUGUGCUGACUGGCUCGGUGGCUGGAUGGGCGGAGCUUGCUGUGUUGCCAGGACGACAGCCCCGGCCCUUUUAAGAGGCACAAAGAUGAUCCAGCAUGUGCUUUCACUGUAAAAACAAAACUAUUGCCAAUUCAUGUACAAACAUGCAAUGACGUUUGAUUCAAACAAACAAAAACAUGAAAAAGAAGGGCUUUUCUUUGCAUUUUGUUGAUGACUUUGAGCCAUGACUAAGCUAGCUAGCUACUUAAAUAAGGGCCGUACCAGUGUUUCCAAUAGCAAAUAGUUCAGGUUUUUAAUCACCAAACCACUUUACACUGUUUCAGAGACCAGCAUGUUGGGAGUUUUGUUAAAGAUACAAGAAAUAGAUGCGCGUUUGACAAAGACAAGGACUCUCAGUAAGGUAUUUACAUAACAGUAUGUAUCCAUAUUAUGCAAAAUAGUAGUGUAGGUGUACCUAUGUGGUGGCGAGUGCAGCUGUUGUUACAUUUUAAAUUGUUGUAUUUACCAGAUUUAAUAUUACGAAUUAAGGUCAAAAUACUACAAGGACAGCCAAGCUAAUAAAGAGCUAAAUUAUUAAUUAGAAGAAAGAAGGAACAAAAUGUAUUUUUAAAGGGAGACAAUUGUUUGCUUAAGACGCUUCUUGUGCUGCUGUCAAAACGUUCUAAAACAAUUCAUGUAAGCCACGGUAUUGUAUUAAAAACACUGGUACGGUCAUUUAAUUGUACAGAAUUUGACGUUUAAAGCCAUUUAAAGCGACUUCUAAUGAUUGAGUGGAGCUAGUGAUGUGAUCCUGUUUGAGUGUCGCUUUCCACCACAAGAUGGCGGCGUCGCACGUGUUCCUUCUUUCUUUACCAGACUGUAAGGUGGUAAGAAAGUUGUUUCCGACGUUAUUGUGAUUUGUUGUGAUGUACAGUAUGUGUGUGUGUGUCACUGACAGUGUUGUAACUGCAACAUGGACCCCCUGUUUACAUAACGCCAUUAAAAGAUCCAUUCAAGCUUCCAGCAGCAGAUCCGAGCAUCUUGUCUUCUUCAGCAUAAACAA